GCUGAGCUCCAGCUGAGGAUCCAAAGGUCUCAGUAAAGCUGCUCUCAUGGCAGAAGCAGAGGAGCAGCCAUGACCUUACAGCUUGAAACCAGCGCUCGCCUCCUGGAGCUGCACUGCUCCGUGGGCCUGACGGACUGGGACAUGGACAAGGAGCUGAGGCUGGUGACGACCACCGACCAGUUCUUCCAUGAUGACAAACUGAAUGAGCCGUAUGCCGUCCAGAGGCCUUCAGUUGGAGCCUCAAGGAGAAAAGAUGAGUUCAUCUGGUACGAUCCAACCUCAGACUCCUUUGUGAAGCCAAACCUGUGGCUGAUGGUGAAUCCAAACAUCGCCUGCCCGAUCCAGUAUGAAGAGGAGCCAGCGAGCCUGCAGCCUCCCUGUGACCCCGCGGUGACCCCUGACCUCCACGUGGUGGCUCCUCUCCACAAGGAGCUGCUGCGUCCAGGUUCCUCAGAGCUCAUGACAGAAGACGUCUCUCAUCAACCAACCAAGAGGAGACGGAGGAGCAGGACCACCAAGGACUUUAAGAACCUGAAACCCGGCUGCUGGCCUCGUCCACCUGUCAAUUACUGCAUCCUCAUCGCCUUGGCUCUGAAGAGCAGUCACACUGGGAGCCUCAAGGUGCAGCAGAUCUACAACUUCACCAGAGAACACUUCCCCUUCUUCCAGACGGCUCCGGACGGCUGGAAAAACACCAUCCGCCACAACCUGUGCUUCAACAGCAGCUUCCGCAAAACCUGCAACCAGCUGUGCAGAGACGGCAAAAGGAAGUCGUGCUUCUGGCACCUGACGCCGGACGGACACCGGCGGCUCACGGACGAGAUCCACACGCUGACCCAGGAGUUGUUCAGGCAGCUGGAGAGGAGCAUGGCCCGUCCAGAUGUCAUUUGGAAGCUGCUCACUGUGUGACUCCAGGCCAGAAACUGGAUGUGUGAAGAAGUUAAAUAUGCAGCAGUGAUUUUGUACAGUAAAUCUUUGUUUCCUUUUGGUGUAGAUGUUGCUGCACAGUGUGAUGUCAUAGUGAAUAUAAAUAUAUUUUUUGUUGGCA